AUGGGCGUGACGGGAGCUGGCAAGAGCUCUUUCAUCCGAAGGGUGACGGGGAAUGACGGCGUCCUUAUUGGAAGUGGGCUUCAAUCGAUGACUCAGGAGGUGCAGUCCUACAAAUUCGAGCAUGACGGGAAGGUGUACUCGAUAGUGGAUACCCCGGGUUUCAACGAUACCUACCGGUCAGACAAUGAAGUACUGAAGGAGCUUGCCGAUUGGCUCCUUAAGUCCUACCAAGACGGGGUUAAAAUCAACGGUAUCAUUUAUUUGCAUCGGAUUUCGGAUACAAAGAUGGAAGGUUCAGCACUACGCAACCUUAGAAUGUUUCGUAAGCUUUGCGGGGAGGACUUCAUGAAGAAUGUCAUCCUUGGCACGACUUUUUGGGAUAUAGUGGGAGUGGACCAGGGUGUUGCUCGUGAAACAGAAUUGUUGCGGACCGAAAGUUUUUUCAAAGUCAUGCAAGAACAAGGGUCUACUGUCGAACGAAUACUGGACGACCGAGAGUCGAACCUCGCGUUGCUUUCACGAUUCGCGGCCAAGCAGCCCCAUGUGAUGCGUAUACAGCAAGAACUCUUCGAAGGAAAGACCCUGUCGGAGACGGCGGCUGCAUCAGCCGUUAGUCGGGAGUUGGCAGAACUUCAACAUCAGAAUCUUGAAAAGUUGUCUGACGUGGAGGUCCAAGCACAGAAAAAGAUUACACGAUCUUCACUUGAGAAAGUUCUGACGCUUCACCUGGAGAGAAAGACAUUUGAUAGCACGAUACAUGAUCUAAGUGCGCAGCAAGAAGAGAUUCGGGAGGAGCAGAUGGAGGAAGACAAGAAAAAUGACGAAAGGAUGACGAAAUUACAGGAAGAAAAACAUUGCCAAGACCAGCGAUUUCAGGUGCAGUUGAAUGAUUUGAACGAGAAAUUACGAGCAAUUAAGGCAAGUCCGGGGAAACGUGGCUGA